GUUCCAGCUCUUGUAAAUCUGGACGCAGCGGGGCGAUGAUGAGCGUCUUACAACCCAACAUGGCGGACUUUGAUACCAUUUAUGAGUUAGAAGACGAAGACGAUGAGCACGUAGUGAGCGAGGAGCACUUACAAAGAUACUGUCCGGAGCCCGUGAUCAUGCGAGGGGCCGGGCACAUCACCGUGUUUGGAUUAAGCAACAGAUUCGACACAGAAUUUCCCUCUGUUCUCACAGGAAAGGUAGCACCAGAGGAAUUCAAAACCAGUGUCGGCAGAGUGAACGCCUGCUUAAAGAAGAACCUGCCAGUGAACGUGAAGUGGCUUCUCUGCGGCUGUUUGUGCUGCUGCUGCACGGUGGGCUGCAGUCUGUGGCCCGUCAUCUGCCUCAACAAGAGAACAAGACGGUCAAUCCAGAAGCUGCUAGAGUGGGAAAAUAACCGAUUAUACCACAAGCUAGGGCUGCACUGGAAGCUCAGCAAGAGAAAAUGUGAAAGCAGCAACAUGAUGGAAUAUGUGAUUCUUAUAGAAUUCCUUCCUAAAUAUCCUAUAUUCCGACCGGACUGAGGAGAACGUCAUCAGACCGGAUGGACGGCCCUUCAAUCUUAUCCUUAGUGCCUUGUAUGUAUAUAUAUGUAUGUAUGUAUGUAUGUAUGUAUAUAUAUAUAUAUAUAUAUAUAUACACACACACAGUGUGUUGGAAUAAGGGUCAGGCGUCUCUCGUGACGACCCCGUACAUCUCCCUGUACUUUGUACAAAACAAUUUGCAACACUGUCACUUUGCUUUAGAGCAGAUUUUGCACAUUUUCUCCCCGUUUGUUGAUGAUGUUGCACUCUGAUUUUAUUUUAUCUCAUGUGUUAAAACGAGUAAAACGUUUGAAAAGUGCAUUUACCCCAAAGAACCUUCAGCCUGGUAAACCAGUGGCCCCUUCCUCGCAGACGAAUGUGAUGCCUCCACCUUUCCGUGACGAUCCUUGCCUUAUGUACGGUUAGAUAUUAAAGUAUAAAUCGAUGUAACUGGAACCGGCUGGAUCCAGUUCUUAGCAGGUAGACGAGACGGCGUCCGUCUCCCCCUCCAUGUUGUUUUCGUCUUUAUAUUAACUCUUUGUACCUGGGAAUUAGCUAGUACAAGAAGUUGACGUGUAAAUACCAUGGUAGGAUAAGCUGUACAGUGGUAUGCCAUUGUUUACAUAAAGUUUACUUAGUCUUUUAGAUUUUCUUUGCCAAUAUAUUGCUGUACCAUAGUUUUGAUUAAUGAAAGAUGUCUAGUUCAUAUGGACCUGUUUACCUUGUAAGCCAUAUAUAGUUACAGUGUAUCUGAUGCCAGGUUAUUGCACUUGAGCCCAGAGGAGAAUCCUGAUAUUCAAACAAAUUGUCUUUCGGUGGGUUUUUGCCAAUGAUCGAUUCUAUAGAUAUUUUUUAAUCCUUCGAUUUUGCAUUAUUUUUGUAGUUUUGUAUCCGUCUGUGCCGUGUUGGAAGCACUUCACUUUGUUUCGGUCAUCAUCCUGAGUGAUUGUGUUACUUUUCAUUUAAGUCGGGGGUGUCCAAAGUGUGGCCCGGGGGCCGCUUGCAGCCCCUGGACUGAUUGCGUGUGGCCGCUGACUUCAGUUCAAGAAAGAUACAAAUUUGAUAAAUGAUAAAAUAAUCACAAACAAGUAAAAUCUUCUUACAGUAGAAAAUAUUUGCUAAAAAAUAACCAUGUUUUCUCUUCAAGAACCAGUAAUAUUUACUCAAAAGUUUCACCAAAAUCUGCUUCUAAUUGAUUUAAUAAACUUAACUAAAUACAGCAAGCAUUUUCAAAAAAAGAUUGACCUAAAUCCUGAUUUUAUUCAUUUUUUUUCUUCCUAUUCAUACCUAGAAAAUUUACAUAAUUAUUAUUAAGGAGCAUCUGCAGAACCGUUUUUAAGUUUUGGAUCUAGAAUAAUUGACACAUCAUUUUCCAGCAGCAAAUCUGACUGUUUUAUUUAUUUAAUUUAAAUACCGCUUAGUUGAUUGUUGAUUAGCCCAUGUGACAAAAGGUUUGGACACCCCUGAUUUAAGUCGAAACAUUUCCCGGAUUUCAUUUUAUUAGUGCCUCUGGAAUAGUACCGUCUCCUUUGUGUGCGAAGGAGACUCUGAAAUCCUCCUCCCGAUAUUGUUACAGUUCAUGUAAAUGUUCGUCACCACGACCUAAUUCCUCUGGAGAGAGAAAAUAAACUGUUGAUUUUCA